ACGGCGGCAGUGCCGGGGACAGAGGAGGCGGGUCGCCGACGCGGCCACGGAAGCCGGGAGGAGACCACCGGAGGCGGCGGCGCACGGAGGCGCAAGGAGGCGCACGGAGGGCGGAGGGCAGGAGUAGCGCCAUGGUCUACAUCUCGAACGGACAAGUUUUAGACAGCCGGAAUCGGUCACUAUGGAGUUUAUCAUUCAUAACAGAUCUCUUUUGGGGAAUCGCUGACUUUGUGAUUAUGUUUUUCAAGAGCCUGCUUCAGCAAGAUGUAAAAAGAAGAGGCUAUGUGGGUACAUCUGAUUCCCGGUACGAUGAUGGAAGAGGGCCUCCGGGAAAUCCUCGCCGCAGAAUGGGCCGGAUAAACCAUAUGAAAGGCCCUAGUCCUCCUCCUAUGGCCGGUGGAUGAGGAAGGUAA